GUGAUCAUCAAAGAACAGCUGCAGGAGACCAGUGGAAUGUGUGAAUAUGCCGUUUAUGUUCAAGCAUUAAUCUUACGUCUUGAGGGAAAGAUCCAACAGUCCCUGGAGCUAUUUCAGAGCUGCACCAUCCUUAAUCCAAGCAGCAGUGACAAUUUAAAGCAAGUGGCCCGCUCACUAUUUCUUCUGGGAAAGCACAAAGCAGCUAUUGAAAUUUAUCACGAAGCUGCAAAACUUAACGAAAAAGACUGGGAGAUCAGCCAUAAUCUGGGCGUGUGCUGUUACUUCAUCAAAGACUUCAAAAGUGCUGAGGAGCAUCUAAACACGGCUCUUCGGAUAAAUAAACACGACAAGACUUUCAUGAUGCUCGGGAAAGUUCAUCUGCUGGCUGGAGAAACUGACAGGGCCAUUGAAGUGUACAGGAGGGCAGUGGAAUUCUCUCCAGAGAACACUGAACUCCUGACCACGCUUGGCCUCCUUUAUUUACAGCUUGGGAAAUACCAGAAGGCAUUUGAGCACCUUGGGAAUGCCCUCACUUUCGACCCCAACAAUUAUAAGGCCAUCCUGGCUGCAGGCAGCAUGAUGCAAACCCAUGGUGACUUUGAUGUGGCCAUGAACAAGUACAGAGUGGCAGCAUGUGCUGUUCCUGAGAGCCCCCCACUCUGGAACAACAUCGGCAUGUGCUUCUUUGGCAAAAAGAAAUACGUAGCCGCCAUCAGCUGUCUGAAGCGUGCUCACUACUUGUCUCCUUUUGACUGGAAAGUGUUGUACAACCUGGGGCUGGUACACCUGACCAUGCAGCAGUACGCCUCAGCCUUCCACUUCCUCAGUGCAGCCAUCAAUCUGAACCCUCGAAUGGGGGAACUUUACAUGUUGCUGGCAGUGGCUUUGACCAAUUUGGAGGAUGUGGAGAAUGCCACCAGAUCAUAUGAACAAGCUGUGAAUCAGGAUGAAACCAACCCCCUAGUCAACCUGAACUUUGCAAUAUUCCUCUAUAAUCAUGGAGACAAGAAGAGAGCUCUGGAUCAAUACCAGGACAUGGAAAGGAAAGUAAACCUUCUUCGGGACAGCAGUAACAGCUUUGAAUUUGAUCCUGAGCUGAUGGACAUGGCUCAGAAGAUGGGCACUGCCCUGCAGGUUACAGAGGGUCUGGUGUGGACUAAACCAGGCAAGGACUCCAAAUCUAAACCUCACUCAGCAGCAACAACCAAAACCCCUGGUGCUCCUCUUGGUACAAACCAAGCUCUGGGUCAGGCCAUGUCUUCAGCUGCGAGCUACAAUAAGAACAUCCAGCUGCUAAAAGGGGUUUCCAAAGGCCCUCCUACGGCUCCUGAUCCAGAGGUGGAUGUAGAGAAUGCUCCCAGCCCACCGACAGACCCUCCAGGGUCCCCAGAACCUGAAGCCUCAGGCGGCUCCAAACCAAAAACAUCUCGGAAGAAAACUAAGGUGGAGGAAUGAAUUAAUUUAAAAGUCUUACAUCUCUGACAUUAGACCUCUCCAGUGUCACUGUGGUUAGACAAGAAACCUUGGAAUGAAGGUUUAGGUACACAAAUAACUACAAAGUCAUUUACUGUAGUUGAUGAUUAAAAAGGGCAGCACGAUGACAUUUGUUACAAGAUUCCUAUAAAAGUUCUGAAUAAACAGGCAGCUUUGAUGAAAUAAGACCUGAUCUAACAGUGUAAGAAUGUUUGUAUUCAUUAGUAUCGACAUUUGUGAAGUCGCUUGCAUUGUUGUCUCAAGAUGUUUAAAGAUAAGCUGAAAUGAUUCAUUUCCCUCGUAUAGACAUUCCUAUAAGAUCUAAAACUGAAGGAGACAAUCAAUGUUCAAACCAGGGAGGAGGAGGAAGAGGGACAGAUCGUUUAAAUACUAGGACAUUUAUUUAUAGAGAUGCUUUAUGCACAUAAAUGUGAUGUUUACAGAGAGUUAUGUAUUUAUUAAUAAAUCACUAUAAAAAUGCUUUCUAAAAAA